UCAACAACAAUGCUCAGAUAUCCAUUUUAAUGCGCCACUCUAGGGCUGUCUGGCACACACUGGCAUACCUUAAGCCUCUGCCACUCUGUGUGUUGUUCCAGGGUUUUCCUUGUGCUAAGAUGUGAUGACUCCAAACUGCUACCUACCGGAAUACUGCAAUAUUUAAAAUGACCACAACGGAGCACCAUACUAAUGUGACGUAUCUCUCUGAGGACAAAUUAAAACAAACAUUAGCCAAUAAAAAGAGAGAUUCAUAUUCGACAAGCAGAAAAUCUUCGAUAAAACAUCCUUCUGCUGAUUUGAACGAUAAUAAUAUGCUCAGCAGAAAACUUUAUCCUGGAGAUUUAAAAUCUAAGUUUCAAGACUCUAAGAACUCAGAUUCAAACCACGUUCUGGAACCAGGAGGAUUCCGUUCGUUUACUAAAACAAAACUGAAAAGACACAACACGAUCGGCACCGUCGAUGACGUCACUUCCCGUCGCGACUCCGCGGUGAAGAGCUCCGCGCCCCUGAGACCGCGUCACCAGAACACCAACCGCGGCGUCACAUUCUCCUGGUCUAAAUCUGUCUCUGAAGAGAUGCUCGGUCCAAAAAGGUCAUCGAUAGACCUUGACCCCCCAUAUAGCAGAAGACUCGGCGUUUUGGAAGAGGGGAACGCGGGUAAACGGACGCGUAAAUUGUCGAACGGUUCAGAGGUGCCCGUUCACAAGGUCAGCUUUCAAGCGGCAACAGCCAAGGUGAGCAACCUGCUGAAGGUCAAGGCCGCCAGGAAGCUUAGUGUCGGUGCAGGUACUAUACGACCGAUGAGUUCUGUAGCCGAAGACGAGGCUGACCUGCCCACGACUCCGAGAUUCUCGUCCUUCCUCUCACCCGAGGCCCAGUAUGCCCUGAUGAAAGGCUACGAGGACAUCAUAGCCGACAAGCUGACUAGCAAGUUCCCGGAGUAUAACGGGAUGCUGAAAAGAAACAAAACCCCAUACGGGAUAACUAUAUUAGAACAGGGGUUAGAACUAUCUUCAGACAUAGACCAACACAACCAUUCCGAUGAUAAAAAUGUUAAUCAUCUAAACUCAAAGCCGCAUUUGGUUUCAAAUUUAGCAACAGGUUCGAAUUUCGAAUCACAGAUUAAACAAAAAGAACCAGAUUUAUUUGAAAGUAAAGUAAUAGAGAAAAACAUCUUAAACAAAAACUCACCAGCUCCUAAACACGACACUCAGACCUGUCUAGAAAACCUAAGACGGCUGUCUCUUAGUUUUUCGUCCAACGCCGAGAAAGAAAAAGACAACGCGGUUCGAAAUCUCGACAUAGAUGACCUGGACGACCCAGGUCUUAGACGCCAUUCCAUGGCGGCAACAUCCGUUCUGCCGCUGCCGCACGAGAGAAGGCGAGUGCUGAGCCAGCGGAUGGAGACGGCCAUGGACCUUCUGGACACGAUCCGACCCCAGUGGGAGCACGCACUGUCCCCACGGGUCAAGCAUGAAGCUAAGCAUCAGAUAGCUCCGUUGGUUGAUUACAACCGAUGGGCUGAUCAAUGGGCUACAGAGUUUCAGAGCAGUACGGUCCAGUAGUUAUUACUAGAUGUUAAUCACUGUUCGAUAUGGGAAUCACAGUUACAGCUAGAGAGUUCAAUAGGCAAUCUUCGCUAUAAUUACAUCGUUUAAUAGGAAAUAUUCGCUACAAUUAGACAAUUAAACAGGCAAUCUUCGCUAUAAUUACAUCGUUUAAUAGGCAAUAGUCGCUACAAUUACACAGUUCAAUAAGCAAUCUUCGCUACAAUUACACAGUUCAAAAGACAAUCUUCGCUAUAAUUACAUCGUUCAAUUUUCGGUAGAAUUAUAUCAUUAAACAGGCAAUAUCCGGUAGAACUACAUCAUUAAACAGGCAAUUUUCGGUAGAAUUACAUCAUUAAAGAGGCAAUUUUCGCUAUAAUUACACAAGUCGAUAGAAAACCAAUGCUACAAUUAGUUUAAUGGGGAAUAUAAGCUGCAAUUACAAUUACUGAGUUCUGUAUUCAAUCUUCGCUAUAAUUACACAGUUCCAUAGGAAAUCGUUUUUAAAAUCAGAGACACACUCACAUAGUUCGAUAGGGAAUAUGAGUUACAAUCACACCGUUCAAUAAGUAUCCCAAUCACAUAUUUUUUUUUGGAAAAUUAUCCCAAAGUAAACGCUAUUUAUUUUCACGCGUGUUUGUUGCUUUUAAAAUUAUUUAGUGAGAGUAAAAUAAAGUGUGCAUAUUAUAUUUAAACUUAUAUAACACAACCAUCCUUUGUAAAUAUCUGUAAAUGUAGA